AUGAUUCAAGGUUUGACUAAAGAACUGUUACGUUUUUUUACUAGGGAACAGGAGGAAAAACCCAAUAAGAUGAAUGAAAGACAUUAUAAAACAAGAAGUACUAACAUAAUAAAUGAAAAAAAAAUAAAUAAUGAAGAGACAAAAGAUAAUGCAACAAAACAAAUUGAACAUGUGAAGAACAUCCCAUAUGAACGUACAGAAACUGUUGCAUAUGAUUCAAAUAAUGAAAACAGUAAAAUAGAAACAAAUCAAAAAAUAGGCAAUAAUGAAUAUGGAAAUUCUUCGACUCAUAAAACAAGUUAUGAGUUAGAAAAAAAAAAAACUUACAAUGAUAAUAUAUGGAAUUCAUAUGAAAGAUUGCCAACUAAUCAAUUUUUUAGUAAUAGCAUUGAAAAUAGCAAUUUGAAUAAUAGUAUUGAUUAUGACUCAUAUAAUAGACAAGAUACUAAUGCUUAUAAUACACAAAUUUUUGAUAAAAAAAAAAGUGAAAUAGAAUUAAAUACGAACAUCAAAAGCGAUCAAGCAUUAGUAAAGGAUGGGAUAAAAAAGGGAAUCACGCACACAUACAAUAAUGUGAAAGCUACCCAAAAUGAUUUACAUUUAAUAAAGAAAAAUAUAAACCCUAUAUCAUCAGAUAAUGAAUCAAAAUGUAAUAAAAUACCCAUUGGGAAUGAUCAAAAUUAUAAUGAGGAUCCUAAAAAAAUGAAAAUCUUCAACAAUUUGAAUUCUUUAACUGAAUCGAUAAAUGAUAUACAAAAGGGACCUAAAACUUGCAAUGAUCAAACUAAUGAGGCAAAUUCUAAGAAAAUUAUAAAACCAAAUGAUAAACCAAUGACCGAAUUAAACAAAUCAACAUGUGAUGGAGUAACGAUACUUUUUAAAGGUGAUAGACGAUUUUUUAAUUUUAAUAUACCACAGAAUGAAAUGAUCGAAAAAAAUGAUAUUGAAAUUAUGGAAUUUAUAAGUGAAGGAAGUUUUGGAGCUAUUUACAAAGCUAUGUGGAAUAAUCAAAUAAUUGCUUUAAAAAAAUUUAACCCAUCUAUGACUUUAGAGGGUAUGAGGUCUAUAGCUCGAGAGAUUAAUGCAUACAGAUCUAUUUCACAUAAAUAUAUUGUUAAAUACUAUGGAGUAUGUAUAGACAGUGAUUUUAUUGGAAUAAUUUUAGAAUAUUUUAAUAAAGGGAAUGUAUUUGAUACUUUGCACAGAGGCGGGUUCAAUUUAUCUUAUGAAAUGCGACUAAGAAUAUGUACUCAGUUGGCAGAAGCAAUGAAGUAUCUUCAUGAGGAAAAGAAAUUGGUACAUCGCGAUUUAAAAACUAGUAAUAUUUUGUUUGAUAAUGAGUAUAACAUAAAAGUAUGCGACUUUGGGAAAACUAUGAAGCUAUCAGAUAAAGGGACGGUUAUAUUAGAAGAUAAUGGAGGAUCACUAGGAUACAUGGCUCCAGAAUGUUUCAUUGAAGGAAAUGCAAUAACUGAAAAGUCUGACAUGUGGGGUCUUUCCUGUUGUUUUAUCGAAAUAUUUUCUAAUCAAGUCCCAUUUCAAAAUAUAAAAGAAAAAGAAGAUAUCGUUGUAGAAAUUUUAGUAAAUAAAAAAAAACCAAACAUUCCCACAUGGUUUAACCCAGAGUUUACUGAAAUACUCAAACGAAGUUUUAGCACUACCCCAUCAAAACGCCCAUCAUGCCAAGAGUAUUUAAAUUUAAUGCUGAAAUACACGCCAAAAACUGAUGCAAAACAUUGUGAAAUAUAA